UUUUGCUCUCUUCACAGCCCCACGUAGAUCAAGAAGAUGAAGAUGAAUUAGAAGAUGAAGAUGAAGAUGAAGAAUUAGAAGAUCAUCAGCAGCAACAGCAGCAGCAGCAGAAUCAGCUAUCUGGAUUCUCCCUCAGUAGACUCAAUAAAGGACAGUAUUGGAUCCCUACGCCCUCUCAAAUCCUCAUUGGCCCUACACAGUUCUCUUGUCCUGUUUGCUACAAGACCUUCAAUAGAUAUAACAACAUGCAGAUGCACAUGUGGGGGCAUGGCUCGCAAUACAGGCGAGGCCCGGAGUCCCUCAGAGGCACACAGCCCACCGGGAUGCUGCGGCUGCCGUGCUACUGCUGCUCCCCGGGCUGCCGCAACAACAUCGACCACCCGCGCGCCAAGCCCCUCAAGGACUUCAGAACCCUUCAAACUCACUACAAACGCAAGCACGGCAUCAAGCCCUUCAUGUGCAGGAAAUGUGGCAAGGCCUUCGCCGUGCGCGGCGACUGGCGAACGCACGAGAAGAACUGCGGUAAGCUCUGGUACUGCAUUUGCGGGUCGGAUUUUAAGCACAAGAGAUCCCUCAAGGACCACAUCAAGGCCUUUGGCCACGGCCAUGCUGCCUAUACUGCUGCUGCGGCUGCGGCUGGUGAUCGCCAUCAUGGGUUCGAGUUGGAAGACGAUGAACCUGCCUCUGAAGUUGAGCAAGAUUGAGGACGAUUGAGAUGUAUUUGUGUUGUUUGUUCUAAUUUAAUAUGAUGAUAUGGGAGGUGGUUUAGUUUCCCCUUCUGAUCUUCUGUUUCGUUUUAGUAUGUAUGUAUGUAUAAUGUAGUUUUGUUGGGACAUUAUUGUUAUUCUUAUAUGUGUUCACAAAAUCUAGGUGUUUUGAUUUUU